CCGGGCGGGUGCUGUGAGCCGGCCGGGGCCGCGCGCCGCGUCGCUGUAAUCGGACACCCGAGCGCUUUCCCCCCGCUCCCUACCCGGGCCGGCCACUUUCCAUUCACUCCGAGGUGCUUGAUUGAGCGACGCGGAGAGGGGCUCCGGGUGCCACAGCGCUGCUACGCUGAGGAUUCCUUUACAAAGAAAUUCAGAAGACCAGGAAAAAUUUCACCACUGGGACGCUCUAGAAAUUAAGGUCUUCUGGGAAAAGGACUAGAGACACACGCGGAGCCAAACCGGUAGCAAAUUGAUUUUUCCGUACUGAUUUCUCCCCACCUCGGUAUUUUUCCUUGGAUAUUAACUUGAAAAUCUGCAGAAAUGGCAUUCCAGGCAAUUGGCGUGUUGGUUGGAGUAUUUGUUUGUUCUAUCUGUGUAAAAGGAUCUUCUCAGCCCCAAGCAAGAGUUUAUUUAACAUUUGAUGAGCUUCGAGAAACCAAGACCUCUGAAUACUUCAGCCUAUCCCACCAUCCUUUAGACUACAGGAUAUUAUUAAUGGAUGAAGACCAGGACCGGAUAUAUGUGGGCAGCAAAGAUCACAUUCUUUCCUUGAAUAUCAACAAUAUAAGUCAAGAACCUUUGAGUGUUUUCUGGCCAGCAUCUACAAUCAAAGUCGAAGAGUGCAAAAUGGCUGGCAAAGAUCCCACACAUGGCUGUGGGAACUUCGUCCGUGUAAUUCAGGCUUUCAACCGCACUCAUUUGUAUGUUUGUGGGAGUGGUGCUUUCAGCCCAGUCUGUACUUAUUUGAACAGAGGGAGGAGAUCAGAGGACCAAGUUUUCAUGAUUGACUCCAAAUGUGAAUCUGGAAAAGGACGCUGCUCUUUCAACCCCAAUGUAAACACAGUGUCUGUUAUGAUCAAUGAGGAGCUUUUUUCUGGAAUGUAUAUAGAUUUCAUGGGGACAGAUGCUGCUAUUUUUCGAAGUUUAACUAAAAGGAAUGCAGUCAGAACUGAUCAGCACAAUUCCAAAUGGCUAAGUGAACCUACGUUUGUGGAUGCACAUGUCAUCCCAGAUGGAACUGAUCCAAAUGAUGCUAAGAUUUACUUCUUCUUCAAAGAGAAACUGACUGACAAUAGCAGAAGCACAAAACAGAUAUAUUCCAUGAUUGCUAGAAUAUGUCCUAAUGAUACUGGUGGACUGCGUAGCCUUGUCAACAAGUGGACUACCUUCUUAAAGGCAAGGCUGGUGUGCUCGGUAACUGAUGAAGAUGGCCCAGAAACACACUUUGAUGAAUUAGAGGAUGUGUUCUUGCUUGAAACUGAUAACCCAAGGACAACACUAGUAUAUGGCAUUUUUACAACAUCAAGCUCUGUUUUUAAAGGAUCAGCAGUGUGUGUGUAUCACUUAUCUGAUAUUCAGACUGUAUUUAAUGGGCCCUUUGCGCACAAAGAAGGACCCAAUCAUCAGCUGGUUUCCUAUCAGGGUAGAAUUCCGUAUCCUCGCCCCGGAACUUGCCCAGGAGGAGCAUUUACACCUAAUAUGCGAACAACCAAGGAGUUCCCAGAUGACGUUGUUACUUUUAUUCGGAAUCAUCCUCUCAUGUACAAUUCCAUCUACCCAAUCCACAGAAGGCCUUUGAUUGUUCGUAUAGGCACUGACUAUAAGUACACAAAGAUAGCUGUGGAUCGAGUGCAUGCUGCUGAUGGUAGAUACCACGUCCUGUUUCUCGGAACAGAUCGGGGUACUGUGCAGAAGGUGGUUGUUCUUCCUACUAACAGCUCUGCCAGUGGUGAGCUCAUUCUGGAGGAGUUGGAAGUUUUUAAGAAUCAUGCUCCUAUAACAACAAUGAAAAUUUCAUCCAAAAAGCAACAGUUGUAUGUGAGCUCCAAUGAAGGGGUUUCCCAAGUGUCUCUGCAUCGCUGCCACAUCUAUGGAACAGCCUGUGCUGACUGCUGCCUGGCCAGGGACCCUUACUGUGCCUGGGAUGGCCAGACUUGCUCUAGGUUCUACCCAACUGGGAAGCGGAGGAGCCGAAGACAAGAUGUGAGACAUGGAAAUCCAUUGACUCAAUGCAGAGGAUUUAAUCUAAAAGGUAUUAAAACAUAUAGAAAUGCAGCUGAAAUUGUUCAGUAUGGAGUAAAAAAUAACACCACUUUCCUUGAGUGUGCCCCUAAGUCUCCUCAAGCAUCUAUCAAGUGGUUGUUACAGAAAGACAAAGACAGAAGGAAAGAGGUUAAGCUGAGUGAAAGAAUCAUAGCCACUUCACAAGGACUCCUGAUCCGUUCCAUUCAAGAUUCUGACCAAGGACUGUAUCACUGCAUUGCAACAGAAAACAGCUUCAAGCAGACCAUAGCCAAGAUCAACUUUAAAGUUUUAGAUUCUGAAAUGGUGGCUGUUGUAACAGACAAAUGGUCCCCAUGGACCUGGGCUAGCUCUGUGAGGGCUUUACCCUUCCAUCCAAAGGACAUCAUGGGAGCAUUCAGCCACUCAGAAAUGCAGAUGAUUAACCAGUACUGCAAAGACACUCGGCAGCAACAUCAACAGGGAGAAGAAUCCCAGAAGAUGAGAGGGGACUAUGGCAAGUUAAAGGCCCUCAUCAACAGCCGAAAAAGCAGAAACAGGAGGAAUCAGUUGCCAGAGUCAUAAUAUUUCCUUACAUGGGUCUUAUGCUUCCAGUAGCAAAUGGUCUCUCUUCAAUGAUCAAAUUUUGAACAAAGAAUCUUGUUCUUUACCCAUAGAAAAUUUCCUGAGAAAAGUGGUUACAUACUCCUAAAGCGAAUGUUACAUGAACUGAAUUGAGCAUGCAUUUUCUUGUAUGAUAUUGACUAGCACUAGACAUGUCAUGGUCCUCAUGGUGCACAUAAAUAUUUAAAUUAACCCAGAUUUUAUUUAUAUCUUUAUUUACCUUUUCUUCAAAAUCAAUAUAGCAGCUAUAAAACUAGAAUUUUUACGUCCCUUAAUUGAACAAGGGCCAUAACCCUGUGAUCUUUCUUCUUUGCUUUAAGGGUUUAGAUUUCUAAUUGUCACUGAUUUUAUAUAUGAAAACAAAUUCUAACUUUACAACUUUUACAUAGUAAAAGUUGUAUAAAUGCAUGUGACAAAGUAGCUGUCAAGAAAUGUAGAAUAGAAAAAAGACAAGGAAGAGGGCACUAAAAACUGUAUAAAACUUAAGUGAUUCAUAAAGAGAAAAUGAAGUGUUUAUAUGCUUCCAGUGAAGUAUGUUAUUAGUUACUUUUAAGUUUGUAAAAAUUGUCAGUUGCUGGUAUCUGUCAUUGAUCUUUAUUCCUUCGUUUCAGGAAGAUAAAAUGAAUGACCCUCACUAUAAAUACCUUUGACUGGAGUUAUGUCAGUGAAGCAUUUAAGUUUAUAUUCUUAUGCUAUCAUCUUCCAAACAGAAGCACUUUCUUUUUUUGGAAGUUAUUUAAGUUAUUCUAGACUCAGAGAAUAUAAUCUUAUGCUGUUUAAUCGAUUAUUGUGUUUGUUCUAAUUUUUCAGUCUUUGUGGCAAAUUAAACAAUAUAAGAAAAAAAAUUGGAAUGUCAAAAUUUUAUAUGAGGGGGUGAAACCAUCAAAAUGAAAAAAAAAACAACAAAGUAGAACAUACAGUUUUAUUAACAGAAACAUAAAAAAUGUGACUAGUUUUUAGCUUUAAUAAUUAAUUUUGAUGGUUAACACAUUUUUUUUUUUGUUUACCAACUUCAGAUAUCAUGUUGAUUUUUAAGUCACCAAUUCAUUUUUAAUGAUCUUUUAUGUGUGCUGGAGAGGUGUUCAUUUUGUGGGAAAAAAAAAAGAAUCUAGUUUGAACAAAAAUAGACAUCCUUUUCAAAGAAUGUUGGUACAUUAUGUUCACUGGUAUGUAAAUGCAAAUGUGGUAAGUUUUGUGAUAAAUAAAGUAAUUAUCUUCUAAUUGUAUGUUUGGAUCAUUUUGUUAAAAUAAUUUAAUAUUGUAUUUUGUACUCCAAAUAACAAUUAGAUGAAAAGAAACAUAAAAAAUUUCUUCAUAUUUUUACAUUUCUUUUAAAAACACAACUUUUGCUUUUUCAUUUUAUUUAACAUUAAUGGUAUUUUUAUGUUUCCAGGAGCAAACAGAAAUUGCAUCAUGUACCAAUGAAAAUUUAAUAGAAAAGUUUUAUUUGGAGUUAACAAUCCAUGAAGAAUGUAAUCAAGGUAGAUAUAUCACCUUUAUAAGCACUGCAGUAUAAAGCUUUAAAACUAAAAGUCGGUGUCAAAAUGAAUUUGCAGUCAUUGAUUAGAAUCUAAGAAUAUGAUUAAUUAUUUAAGUGAAGAUAAAUUAUGAUAUUUUAAGAGGAGGCUUCAAUGGGGUAAAAAUAGCACUUCAAACACAACAUAGUGUUCCUUUUUUUUUAAAAAAAAAAAACUAUUGAUUAAAAGGUAUUGUUACAAAUGUGUGUAUUUCUAAAGCAAUCUCUAAUUUAUUAUACAAAUAGUUUGCCUGCUUAAGGGGUGUUAUUAAACCUCUUAAUUUCUCCUCUACAUGCACAAAUAGAAUUGUAUGUAAAACCAAAACCAUCUUCUCUGUUUAUGGCCCAUCUAUUCUACAUACUGAGUUGAAAGUACAAGUGUUUUAGUCAGAGAAUAGUGGAAGCUACACAGAACCCCUUGCUUCAUAUAAAUUCAAACUGAUAUAAAAUAAAGGUGUUUAGUUUUGUAAUAUUAUUUGGCUGUUUAAUACCUUUUACUUUGAACAUUAGCAAAUUGUAUUUUAUUACUUUUCUUUUAAAAUUAUAGAAAUGCUUCUCAAACAGAAUUUCCAAAUGUAAAGAAUAUUUUCUUUCUCAAAAAUAUUGUUAACAUAUACUGAAUGUUCGUGGUUGACUGGUUUUAUUUUAUUUCAUUUAACAGUUUGAUGACUUAUGUUUUCCAUUUAUAUUGUACAAAACAUUUCCUAGAAAAGCACUUUUUUUCAAAGUGUAGAUUUGCGAAUAGAUUUUAGCAUGAUGAAACUGUCAUUACGGUGAAUGUUCACUGUGUGUAAGAAAAUAAAAUAAAUGUAGUUAGUACAUUAAUAUUUAAUUGGAUGUUGAAUAAAGCAUUUUCCUGGCAAAAUAAAACAUACCUAAUUCCCCAA